AUGUCGAGUGCCCAGGGGGAUGAGGUUAGGGAGAUGAUGGAGGAGCUGAUAAUCAAGGGGGGCUGGGUCUCCCCACUGCCGGCGUCUCCAAAGAAGAGAGGGAAGAGGAGGGGGAGAUCCUCGGACAGGAAGUGGGAAAUGGGUGGUGGGGGAGGGGGGAGGGGGGGGACCAAGCGUGUCAUGGGGGAGAAGGGCGCUGUGGGGGAAGAAUCUCCUGUGUCCUCGGGGAUAGGGAUUUUGUUUGGGAAUAGGGAGGUGAAGGUGGAGGGCACUUUGGAAGGUAUGCAGGGGAGGGUUUUGGGGGGUGGAUGUCACAGUAAGGGAUGAUAGAUAUAGGGUAAUUGUGGUGUACGGGCCACAGUUGGCGAUCACACUUGGUGAUACGGGGGGAUUUUAAUAUAGAUAUAAGGAGGGGGAGGGACAGUAGUGCAGGUGCCAUCGCCGGGCUAAUGGCGUGCCAUGGUGUGGUAGAUGGGGGCCUGCACACUGCUCCGAUGAUGGCAGGUCCAACAUGGCGCAACUCCAGAGGGGUCGAGCGGAGGCUCGACUAUAUUUUUCUAUCCAGGUCACUGGGUCAGUUGUCUAGGCGUUUGUUGCCAGUGUUUUUGUCAGAUCACGACGGGGUGCUGCUGCAUGUGGGGUCACCAGUCUAACUCUUCGGUAGGGGGUACUGGAAGUUAGAACGGGAGGUACUGGAUGAGCAGGCUUUCGUUAACUGUUUUGUUGAUUUCUUUAGGGGGCUUGAGGGCCUCCGGUCCAUGUGUGAGGGGGUGUUGGAGUGGUGGGAAAUAGCAAAGGUGAGGAUUAGGGUUUUUAUAAUAGGAUAUUGUAAGAAGAAAAAGAGGGAGGAAAGGACGGAGGUGGAUCAUAUCCAAAGGCUGCUCGAACUCGAGCUCGAGGCAGGCAACCUCGGCGGGUCGGUAGACUGGGAGAGAUCCUCUGCCCUAAAGGCGCAACUUAGGGAGCUGCAUGAGCAGAAGGCUCGCGCUUUCCUGGAGCGUGCGCAUAGUGGGUUUUUAGAACACGACGAGACUUGUUCCGCCGUGUUCUUUAAAUCAGUUAGGGGAAGACAGAGUAGGAAGGUAAUGUACGGGGUUAGUGAAGAAAAUGGUAGAGUAGUGAGAGAAACUGAGGAAAUGGUCAAGGUGACCACGGAACAUUUCAGAGGUUUUUUUCAAGAAAGGGCAGUAGAUGUAGAGCAGGGAAACGUGUUUUUAGAACACCUGUCCCGGCGAGUGCCAGAGGACAUUAGAGAAGCGAUGGAGGCUCAGAUCUCCCUCGAAGAGGUUGAGAGCGCCCUCAGGAGUAUGGGAAAAGGGAAGGUGCCAGAAAUGGAUGGGCUGCCGACAGAGAUUAACCUGACGUUUUGGGGGAAACUUGGUCCGGUAGUCCUUGAAGUCUUGAAGGCCAUCCUCGAGACGGGGGUCCCGGGUGGAUCGAUGGCCCUAGGUGUGCUGUCACUUCUUUACAAGAAGGGAGACGCAACAGACCUUGGCAACUGGCGGCCGUUGACCAUGCUGUGCGUAGAUUAUAAGCUGCUUGCGAAGGUUCUAGUGGACCGGUUGCGCACAGCCCUUCCCUACAUCGUACAUGAGGAUCAGACGUGUGGGAUAGAGGGCCGCUCUAUUAGGUGGAACCUGAGUUUGAUUAGGGACUCCAUCGCUUGGGUAGAGGAUAGAGGGCUGCUGUUAAUGGUAGCAGCACUUGAUCAGGCUAAAGCCUUUGAUCGAGUGAAUAGAUAUUUUCUUUUCAGGGUGUUAGGUAGGUUAGGUUUUGUGGAGAAGUAUAUAGGGUGCAUCCGUGCUUUGGGAGCGGUGGGCUGCAUAUUAAGAUGACGCAGCAUGCCGACGACACCUCCUUCUUAUUAUGCAAGGACUCGUGCCAGACUAGGUCCCUUGCUAUCAUUGGGGAAUUCACCCGAGCGUCGGGAGCGGUUCUCAAUCAUGCUCGGGGUCUUGUUUGAGACCUCCGGCUCAGCGACGCUGAACUGGAACAGGAGCAUCGCAGUGGUACAGAGGAAGCUGGGGAUGUGGAUGUCUAGGUUGUUGUCCUUUAUAGGCAAGGUCCUGGUCCUCAAGGUGGAUGUGUUGCCGUCUCUUUUGUAUAUGGCAUACGUCUACCCAUUGGCAGCUAGUCUGAGGAGGCCUCUAGUGAGGCUAGUGUUUCAGUUCAUGUGGGGUGGCAGGCUUGAGUAUGUCGUGAGGGUAUGCAUGCUCUGGGAGGUAGGGGGGUACCACAUUUCCCCCUCAACCUGGACUUGAUUUUUGUUUCUUUUUUGUUGACAGAGCUGGCUCAUCCGGUGAUACACCCGUCUGGUUACUUCCUGCGGGUGUUUUUCUCUUAUCAGGCGAGAAGCGUAAUGGUGUGGUCUAACACGGGUCCUCGUGCGGAACAGCUGCCGUGGCACUUUGGCUAUGCAGCCAAGUGGGCUGCGUGCGUACCCCGAGGUUGAAGUUGCCCGAGUAGGUUUAGAUCACAGGCACCUGUUCGAGGAGGUGAGACAGGGAGGGUGUCCAGGGCCCAUAGUGGGUAUCCCGGCUGGGGUCUGGGAAGGAGUGCAGGUGUGUGGUCUGGACAACGGCCUCAACGGGCGUGGUAUGACACAAUCCCCCACCUGCCCAAGACCAACUUGUGGCGGGGAGGAGACAUUGUUCCAUGUUUUCUGGGUCUGUGCUUUCGCCGGGGUGGUAUGGGCUAGGGCACAGGUGUUGAUAGGCAGGGUUAGGGGGGAUUUUGUUGUGACGUGGGCUAGGGUAGAGAGAGGUGUAGGGAAAGCGAGUGGGACGGUUAGGGACAGGUUUCUGCUCUGGCUUCUCAUAAGCCUCUUUAAACGGGGGUUGUGGGAAGCUAGGCAGAAAAUGGAAAGGACAGGAAGAGAAGGGGGUGUGGAGGGGAUAGUGAGGAGGGUGGAGCAGAAUUUGAGGGGGAGAAUGAAGAGAAAGGAGAGGAAGUGGGGGCAGAAUGCUGCUCGGGAGAGGUGGAAGGGGGGUUUAGGCUUAGGGUUAGUGUAG